UCAUCAUCCAAUUGUAUCAAAUGUCUUAAUUAAAUUCUCUUGAUUCAAUUGUUCACUAAAUUAUCAAUUCUAAUUUGAUAAUAAUUCCUGUACAAUAAUGAGUAAUUAAUGUUUCCCAUAAAAUUGUGUUAAUCAUGAAGUGGAAAAUGUUUAGUUGACAAAUUGGUUUCUUUCAAUCAUUGGAUUUGUUUUGUUUUUUUCCCAAACCAAACAAUUUAUUUUUCUAUUUCUAUUUCUAAUAGCUAAUUGUUGUGUUUUAAUUUUUGCCAUCAACAAAUUAAUUUCUUAACAAUGUCUUCGAGUAAAUCACCUCAACUAUGGCCUGAGUCAGGUAAAGUCGAUGAUUUUUGGGAAUAUUCAAAGCCAAUGUCCUUCAAUUUUGAAGAUGAUUCGGAUAUUGAUUCAUUAUGUGAUCAGAAACAAUUCACGAGCACCUCACCCAAACCAACGGAAAUCCUGUCAAAGCCUCAUGUUCCUGAUACAAUUAAAUUGAUGAGUCCAGAGGAAGCAGUUGAGCGAGUUAAUCAAUCGAUCCAAAAGAUUUCAAGUAAAAAUUAUUCAACUUCAGGUUCAACUAGUAAGAUUGACGCUUGUGUAAAGCAAUUAGUUAACGGAGAGAAUCCCAAUUUAUCAAUUUUCAAAUCAAAAGAGGAUAAAUUAUCUCUUUUAGAGACAGCAAUUAAUACUUAUGAUGGUGAUGCGAUAAUUGCGGUGAUCAUUUUUCUUGAGAAAACUUUAUGUUGGCGUAUAUUUGCCAUGGAAUUGUUAAUUAGACCCACGGCUGUUGAUCAUUAUAUUGAUUUACUUCGAGAAACCAAUCGAUCUAAAGAUUUAACCGAUUUCCUUGCAAUGUUGGGCCGCUCGGAAGAAGCAGCGAUUGUUAAUUAUUCCAUUGCAAUUAAAUGUCAACACAUGGAGACGAAAAUUAAGCAUUUGAAACAUUGUUACAAUAAUUUUUUUAAAGAUCUUCAAGAUGAAUUAUAUUGUCCAACAAUCAUGGAGCAAAUUACUCUCUUCGAAUAUCAAUUACCCGUUGAUUCAGCUGAUUCUAAGGUUAUGGAGGCAAAUGAAAGAUUUGAAUCACUACCACCCGGUUCAUCGUUUUUAGGGUCAUCAGUGGUCAGUACACUUUUCUAUUCCAUUGUUCAUCAUAGUAAAAAUCCACCCACACACUUUGGAAGUCCACAAACGAUUCGAAACAAUCAUAACAUUUCCGACAAACAAUAUUAUUGGACUGCACUUCGAGCACUGGCAAAGACAAAACGCUGGAAUGAAAUUGACCAGUUAUUCCAUUAUCAGACUUUCCUUGGUUCGAAAAAGAUUCGAAACAUUAUUCCAUUUGAACGUGUCGUUCGUACCCUCGGUAAUGAAGGAGCUCCACAACCGCUGAUCAACACUUACCUUAAAUUAGUCGAUGAUGAUGAUGUUAAAUUAAAAUUGACCCAAGAAUAUUUGCGAUAAUCAAUUGGUGCAACUAAUCAUCGUUAAGAAAUUGGGUCAAAGUGUUUUUCUGAUCAAAGAAUAACCAAAAAAAAAACGAAAGCUCGGAAAACUCUACAAAUCAUGAUCACAAUUAAAAACCAAAAGAAAGUGUUUUGGUUUCAUGUUAUGAAUCAAGAGGAUUUUUUAACUUGGAGAUUUGGUUUCGUCAAUCAGGAAACAUCACAAAUGAAUAAAUUAACCACAAAAGAAAGGAAAUAAAAGUUAAAAUGUUAUUUCCGUUAAUCUAUUGAACAAUUAGACUGAACAAUCGGGGAACGAAAUGUUCGUGAAUUGAAAAAAAAAAACGAAAAAGUUUCACUACUUUGAAAUUCGUUGGACAAAACCAUAAAGUACUAAAUGUGAGCAAACCGAUUCUGAUAAUAAUUCUAAUCACAUCGAAAAUGUAAUUACUUUUUUUCGAGUUUGAACAUAUCACCUCGUACAUGUCAAACGAACAAAGUUUUUUUGUAAUAUCACGCAAACAAAACACGAAUAUUAAUAAACAACUUGACCAAUAAUUAGAAAA